AUGCAGAUUUCAAAAUGGUCUUUGCUGAUCAUGAUCAUGAUCAUUUGUGUUGAUCAAUCAGACGGAUAUAAUGCAACUGCAGCAAAGGCUGAUGUGGGAUUCAUUCUUGAUCUUAACCAAACUAUUGGAAAAAUCAUGAAGACAUGCAUUUCUAUGGCGAUCGAUGAUUUCUACUCAAAACAAAGUUGUAAUACUAUGAUUGUGCCUCAUUUCAGAGAUGCCAGCAAUGGCUCUGUAGCUGCAGCUUCAGCUGCCAUUGAUUUGUUGAAGAAUACUCAAGUGAUGGCGAUAUUCGGGCCACAAAGAUCGAUCCAAGCAGAUUUUGUGAUAGAUAUCGGUGAACAAGUGAGAGUGCCAAUCAUAUCUCAAGCAACGAGCCCGUUGCUGUCGCCUACAGAGUCAUCGCACUUUGUUAGAGCAUCAUGGUGCUCUUCUUCGCAGGCCAAAGCGAUUGCUUCGAUUGUGAAGAAUUUUGGUUGGAGGGAGGUUGUUUUCGUGUACGAGGAUACAAAUUAUGGGAGUGGUCUGAUGCCAUUCUUGUCUGAAGGUCUGAUGCAGAUCAAUGCUUUGGUUUCAUACCAAAGCAUCGUGUCUCCUUCAGCAGAAGAUGAUCGAAUUCUUCUAGAAUUGUACAAGAUGAAGACUAUGCAGACGAGGGUGUUCGUGGUGCACAUGCUCCCAAAUCUUGCAACACGUUACUUUAAGAUGGUGAAGAAGGCUGGGAUGAUGAGAGAGGGGUAUGCAUGGAUCAUUGCUGAUGUUUUGACUAGUUUGUUGCAUUCUGUGGAUUCAGAGACUAUUGAGGCGAUGCAAGGCGUGUUAGGAGUGAAGGCGUAUGUUCCAAGAUCCGAGGAGGUUAGGAGGUUUUCGAAGAGAUGGAGGAAGAGAUUUCAUAGGGAGAAUCCAGAGAUGGAGAGAACAGAACUUGAUGUUGUUGGAUUGUGGGCUUAUGACACUGUGACAGCAUUGGCUGAGGCAGUCAAGAGCGUGGGAGUGGCAUCCCCACGGUUCAAGAAGCCGGUCGGGGGUUGGAAUUUGACAGAUUUGGAAGCAAUAGGGACUUCAAAUAGUGAUCCCUCUUUUAUCCAUUUGAUCAGAAACUGUAAGUUUAAAGGGCUGAGUGGCGAUUUCAAUAUAAGCAACGGGCAGUUGCAGCCGUCUGCGUUUGAGAUAGUGAGUGUGUAUGGCAGAGGAGAAUGCACUGUUGGAUUUUGGUCCGAGAGAAAUGGGAUUUCAAAGGAGCUGAAGUGUGAUGAUGAAGUUCAAGAAAAGGGGAAUCUUGGAGGAAUCUUGUGGCCGGGGGCCACGAGCAUCGUGCCUAAAGGCUGGGAGAUUCCGACAAGCGGGAAGAAGUUGAGAGUUGGAGUUCCUGUCAAAAAGGGCUUCACUGAAUUUAUCAAAGUUGAGAGGAAUCAAGAAAGUAAAGCCAUUACAGCAACUGGUUUCUGCAUUGAUGUUUUUGAGGAAGUCAUGAGAUCAAUGCCUUAUGCUGUUCAAUUUGAGUAUAUCCCUUUUGAAACCAUUGAUGGAGAGAGUGGUGGGAAUUAUAAUGAUCUUGUUUAUCAAAUAUUUACUGAGGAAUAUGAUGCAGUUGUAGGAGAUGUCACCAUUGUAGCUAACAGAUCAAACUUCGUCGAUUUCACCUUCCCUUACACAGAAUCUGGUGUUGCAAUAGUUGUCCCAAUCAAAGAUCAAGAUAGGAAGAAGAAUGCUUGGAUAUUCAUGAAGCCUCUCACAACCGGCCUUUGGCUAACCAUAGCCGCAUUCUUCGUCUUCACUGGAUUCGUCAUUUGGGUUCUUGAGCAUCGCGUUAACAAACAUUUCCAAGGCCAAGUAAUGCAGCAAGUUGGGAUGAUCUUCUGGUUCUCUUUCUCAACACUUGUUUUUGCACAUAGGGAGAGAGUGAAGAGCAACUUGACAAGAUUUGUGUUGAUUGUGUGGGUGUUUGUGGUGCUGGUUCUAACGUCGAGCUACACUGCAAACUUGACCUCCAUGCUAACGCUGCAGCAGCUGCAGCCGAAAGUGAACGAAGUGGAUGAUCUUAUCAAGAAUGGUGAAUAUGUUGGCUAUCAAGAGGGCUCCUUUGUGAGUGGAUUCUUGAUGGAUAAUAUGAAAUUUGACAGCUCCAAGUUUAGGAUAUACAGCACGUUGGAGGACUAUGACGUCGCCCUCUCCAGAGGCAGCAGAAACGGAGGAGUAGGUGCAGUUGUUGAUGAGCUUCCUUACAUUAGGCUCUUUCUUUCAAAAUAUUGCCAUAAGUAUACAAUGAUAGGACCAACUUAUAGGACUUCUGGAUUUGGAUUUGCAUUUCCAAAGGGCUCACCACUACUCCCUGAUGUUUCAAGACAAAUCUUGAAACUGAAAGAGGAUGAUAAGAUGUUGUUUAUCACAAAAAAGUGGCUCGGAGAGGAGGAAGGGUGCAGCAGUCCCGGUGGGGCUGUGAUCGCCUCUGAGAGCCUCACUCUGGACAGCUUUAGGGGGCUUUUCCUCAUUGCAGGGCUGUCAUCAUCAUCUGCUCUAGUUGUAUACUUGUGUGUGUUCAUGUAUGAAUCCACUUGUUCAUUCAAGAAAAAGAUAUGUGAUCUUGCUAGGGUGUUUUGUAAAGAGAAAGGCCGCGAUUUGCUGUCAACCGCAGCAGAUGGUCGCGGCCGUGGGGAGAGAGGAGUUGCUCAGAGUCAAGAAGGGAUGUUUUCACAUGAUGAUGGGUUCUCAACAACGGAACCAGCAACUCCUAUGCAUGAUAAUCACAUUGAGCUAGUUCAAAUGGAUCAACGUUCUUUGUUUUAG